AAUCAUAUUUAGUUCAAUGCUAUUUUAUGCACAUGCACUGCCAAUGCAUUGCGGAUGUAAAUAACAUUGUGUAUGGUGUCCGUGUUGUGAGAAUGUGAUCAAAAUGAACAAGUUUCUACUAAUUUUAGUUCUUUUUGGGAUAAAAUAUGGCGAUUGUAAAACAAAUCCAAAUUUCUACCUGCUGAAAGUCCGCUCAUACGAGCACGAUCUGAACCAAUCCUUGCAACAGGAUAGGGAAGACAAACAGCGCCUGUUAUCCUGGAAUGAGGAGUUCCAGCUAAAGCAGGUGAAUCUGAUGGCAGAGUACAGGAUACAGAUGACGAAGCACAGGGACCAUAACUUUAGGGCUAAUGUGAGCAAAAAUUGGGAAGACUGUAUUAACAUAUAUAGAAGAACUAUUAACACAGCAGAGAGCGAUUUUAAUGACGAAGAAAUCGUAUGUACUAAAUCUUCAUUAAUAUCUAAAGAAGAAAAGAGGAAAGCUAUCAACCAAAUCGUAAAGGAGAAAAGAAAAUGGCGAAAAGGAUACAGGUAUCUAGAAAAACAAUGCAAAUCUAACCAUGACACAGAUCUGGAAAUCGCAACUUGCAUUGCAAAAUUCGUAGAGAACGACAGUUAUAAUUUAACUCUUCAUAGACUAAUUUCACUAAAAAUGAAAUUGAUGGGAGAACUGUUUGUGCAAUACAACACAAUUAUUUUCGAUUUAGGAGAGUGCUUAAGAAUCAACCUGUACAAUUAUUUGAACAACGUUCGAACCAUUGUCAAAGUAAUGCAAAGGUGUUACCACAAGAGAAAAAACUAAAUAAAUAAAUAAAAAAUAAAAAAGUUUUUACGAAAAAAAAUAUUUAUUAGACUUUCAAAUAAUAAUAUACUUACUUAACGUUAAAAGACAAUAUUUACAAAAAUAUAUUUUAUAAUUAUU